AUGGGGACCUGGCAGGAGGUUUUUGCAGCGAAGAUUGCAGAUAUGCACUUAACAGAGCCGUGGAAGCUUCAGGAGGAUGAUAGCCUGCAGGUGCAUGUCCUCAAGCCUGGCUGGAAGGAGUUUGUGCAGCGCCGUGCGCUUGGAAGGUUUCAGUGCUCCCAGUGCUUUCAUGAGUGGUCCUCAGCCAAAGUGCAUGUCCUGUUCCACAUGCGCCAGCACCGGGGCCGCGGCAAGGUGCGGAUGCGAGCCUUUCGCCAGGCAUGCAGGCGAUGCCCUGACCCCCGGCUGGAGGAACCUGAAUUCAGCCAGGAGACCAUGGAGAGGCUUCUGCACAACCUGGUGCUAAAGAUCCUCGAGUACUUCUACCACCUGCCCAUCCAGCCCUCUGACCUCCUGGAAGUCGUGGUGGACGUGCCGGUGCUGGGGCCGCACGACAGCGCCCGCUGUGAGGGCUGUCAGCUUGGUGUUUGCAGGGAGUCGAGGCCGGCCCCGGUGUUGGAUGCCUGGGAGCCCUUGAUAGAUGCAAAGAAGGCCAGGACCCAUCGCACCAUGAAACACCAGCGCGUGAGGCCCCGUGCAACCCCAACCCACCACCCCUCACCCUUCGAUAGCAACUUCCCCUGGAAAUGCUGCUGCUGUGUUGGCAGUUCUUUGCUCUGUGUUUUGGCAGUGCUCCUCUUUGUCCUGCUUUAUUUCACCAAGAAGUAG